AUGAUUGCUACAUUCCCAAAAGCUCCACACCCAGAUGUUCAUAUGGAAGAUAACAUAUGGGCUAUGCUACCUGAAGACUUACUGAAUGAAAUACUAGCUAGGGUUCCACCUUUCAUGAUCUUCCGACUCCGUUCCGUUUGCAAACGUUGGAAUUCAAUCUUACAAGACAACAGUUUUCUCAAAUUCCAUUCCCAAGUUCCCUCCCAUGGCCCUUGCCUCCUCACAUUCUGGAAAAAUUCACAAACACCACAAUGCUCUGUUUUCAGCUUGCCAUUGAAACAAUGGUCUCGAUGGCUUAACUUUCAGAACAUUAAUCUAAAGAAACGCUCUUUCAAAGUCAUAGCGGCUAGUGAUAUCUAUGGUGACAGAUCACUCCCAACUGAAGUAUACGAUUCAAAGGCAGACAGUUGGUCGCUUCACCAAACCAUGCCAGCUGUCAAUCUUUGUUCAUCAAAGAUGGCAUUUUGUGACUCGAGGUUAUAUUUGGAAACAAUUUCACCUCUUGGGUUGAUGAUGUAUCAGUUGGAUGCGGGGUAUUGGGAACAUAUUCCAGCAAGGUUUCCAAGAUCUUUAUUGGAUGGGUAUUUGGUUGCGGGGACACAGAAGCGUUUGUUUUUGGUUGGAAGAAUCGGUCUUUAUAGUACUCUUCAGAGCAUGAGAAUUUGGGAAUUGGAUCAUGCAAAAGUGAUUUGGAUUGAAAUAAGCAGAAUGCCACCAAGAUACUUUAGAGCUCUGUUGAGGUUAUCAGCAGAAAGAUUUGAGUGUUUUGGACAGGAUAAUCUCAUCUGUUUUACAUCGUGGAAUCAAGGGAAAGGUUUGCUGUUUGAUGUUGAUAAAAAGGUAUGGUCUUGGAUUGCUGGAUGUGCUCUACAGUCAUAUAACAGUCAAGUCUGUUUCUAUGAGCCGCGAUUUGAUGCUUCAAUCUACUGA